AUGCGCCCAAUUGCGACUUCAGUUCUUCGGCCGUACGUGUGCCCCUCGUGCCGGUCGGCCCGCACACUCAGCAGACGGAAGUUCGGCUCAAAGGCUACAUCUCCGGCAGAGAUUUAUGAUGUAGUCUGCGUCGGAGGUGGCCCUGCUGGUUUGGCGCUCCUGGCCGCUCUCCGUGCGUCGCCCGCGACCUCGAAGCUUAAGGUCGCCCUCGUGGAAUCGCAAGACCUCGACAAAGCCCGCUCCUUCAAGCUUGAUUCGCAACAUUUCUCCAACCGAGUCAGCAGCCUUACACCCUCGUCCGUGUCGUUUUUACAGAAUAUUGGAGCCUGGAACCACCUGGAUGUAUCGCGGACGCAGCCAUAUCAAGGAAUGGAGGUAUGGGAUGGAGAAACGGGCUCCAAGAUCUCAUUCGACUGGUCCUCGGAAACUUCACCAUUCGAGGACCUCCGGACAGUCGCAACGAUGACGGAGAAUGCCAACCUCGUCCAAGGACUUCUCUCUCGCAUUGCCGCGUCGGGCGAUGAGAAUCUCUCCAUUUUCUCCAAGACCACUGUCUCUUCUAUCGAGAACGGCACCGCAAGUGAAGCAGGCGGCCCGGAUCUCUCGGCAUGGCCAGUACUCUCCAUCGCUCCAGCAGGCAACGCGCCCCAAUCGACCGCAAUGCCCUCUCGAAUUGCCGCCAGGCUUUUGGUUGGAGCGGACGGCAUCAACAGCCCGGUGCGUCGGUAUGCCGAUAUUGCUACUGACGGCUGGGACUACCAGCGCCAUGGGAUCGUCGCAACCCUUUCUCUCGCGGAUAAGGUUCCCCCUGCCUUCCCUCCCGGCACGCGCACAGCAUAUCAACGAUUCCUACCUUCGCUCGGGGGCCCUAUAGCCCUUCUUCCGCUCCCGAAUAACCACGCCACGUUAGUCUGGUCCACAACAGUCGAGAACGCGUCAUAUCUCAAGUCUUUGUCAUCAAAGGCAUUCAUCGCAAUGGUCAACGCGGCCUUCCGCCUAUCCAUGCCCGAUCUCCAGUACAUGCUGCGUAUGGAACGCCCAUCAACAUCCGCCACCGACCUAAACGAAGAUUCCCACGAGAGCGAACUCACCUGGCGUCUCCAACACACUCCCCCCGUUCCCCAACUCCCUCCCAUGGUCACAGGUGUCCAAGGAAACAGCGUAGCCUCAUUCCCCCUCCGAUUCCGCCACGCCUCAACCUACAUUUCCCCGCGCGUAGCGCUCGUCGGCGACGCAGCCCACGUCAUCCACCCAUUGGCAGGACAGGGCCUGAAUCUCGGACUCGGCGAUGUAGCCUCUCUAUCGAGCACGAUCGAUUACGCAGUAAACCACGGAAUGGACAUUGGUGAUAUUCUCACGCUCGAGCGGUAUACUGCUGACCGGUGGGCCACUAAUGCAAAGAUCGGCGGGACUUGUGAUGUGCUGCACAAACUGUACAAUGUCCCGGGCCAGGGGCCUGUCGCGUGGGGGCGGAGUUUGGGAUUCGAGAUCAUCGAUCGGUUGCCGUUUGUCAAAGGAUUUUUGAUGAGGAAUGCCGAUUCUUAA